CCCGCCCACCAUGGUUAAAAGUCUUUCCAAUAAGCUUCCUACCUAUUUCUCAAGGCUAAGUAUCAUCCUUCCCCUCUUUCAUACCUUGAAGAGAAAUCAAGCCUCAAACUUCUCUUCUUAUGACCCAAAAAUGGCUUCCAUGUGCAACCUAAUAUCCUCUUCUUCUACUUCUGUCCUUCGAUGGAAUCAUGAUGUUUUCUUGAGUUUUAGAGGUGAAGAUACUCGCUACAAGUUUACUGAUCAUCUGUACGCAGCAUUGGUUAAUAAAGGCAUACGAACUUUUAGAGAUGAUAAACUCAAGAGAGGAGAAGAGAUCGCACCGUUACUCUUGAAAGUUAUUGAAGAAUCAAGGCUUUCCAUAGUUGUAUUUUCAGAAAAUUAUGCUAGUUCUAGAUGGUGUUUAGAUGAGCUGGUAAAAAUCAUGGAGUGCAGACAAAAAAUUAGACAAAUAUUGGUACCAAUUUUCUACCAUGUGGAUCCGUCCGAUCUUCGGACACAAAAGGGGAGUUUUGAAAAAUCUUUUGCCAGCCAUGAAAGACAUGGAAGGGAUUCCAAGGAGAAGAUACAAAGGUGGAGGGCUGCAUUGACUGAAGCAAGUAAUCUAUCAGGAUGGCAUCUCUUUGAAGGGUAAUUUAAAUUUCUUCCUUUUUUUCAUUUAUAGUUGGAUUUUAUUCACUUGUACAUGAAUUCUAGAGUCUUAUUAUUAUAAUGAUAGGCUGAAAGCCAUUAGUUAUGGACAA